GUUUGUCACAAGUAUGGUAAUGAUGAUAAGUGUCAAUUCCUCUUUCCACACAAGGUCAUUGAGUUGUCCCAUUUUGAGCUGGAGAUGAAUUCAGUUGUUUUCAUGUGCAAAGAUCCAUAUGUAAAUUAUUUCAAUCCUUAUAUCCUUGUUUUCUGUCAGCACAAUCACAAUAUUAAGUGUAUUCUAUCAGGAAAAGGCACAAAGGCAGCCAUGUUCUACAUUUCCAAUUACAUCACAAAGAUGGAUUCCAAAACCUAUGAGAUGUUGUCCCUGUUG